UACAUAGGGAAGAUGGGUAAAAGUGCAAUUAAAUCCCAUGCAAACACCCAAAUACAUACAAAAAACGCUGGAACGAUUUCAUUAAACCUAGUGCAACAAAAUAUUGAACCAUUAUUUAGUUCAGCAUCCAAGACUGCUGUUAUUGAUGCCGAGAUUAUGAUGGCAGUAUUUGUUGCGGAACAUAAUUUGGCAUUCCAAAUAAUGGGUCACUUACCGCAAUUCGUUAACAAAAUUACCCCGGAUUCGAAUAUUGCCAAAAAAGUAAAGUGUUCUAGGACGAAAAUGGUAAACAUUUUACGGAACGUUUUGGGAAUAUCUUACAUAGAAGAAAUUGUUGAUUUGUUAAACGCCAAUAAAUUUUCUUUAAUUAUUGACGAGUCCACAGAUAUAUCUUUAGUAAAAACCUUGUGCUUGGUGGUUAGAGUAUGUAAAAAUUUUAAAGUACAUGACUUGUUUUUUGAUUUAAUUGAAGUUGAAUCUGCAGAUGCUAGUAGUCUGUUUUCUGCUGUAAUCAAUAGUUUCACGAAGAAUAAUAUCAUGUACAAACAUGUUAUGAUGGGUAGGAAUCAUUCCGUAUCUACAUUAUUGAAAGCAGACAUAAAUGAUCUGUUCGUUCUUAAAUGUGUUUGUCACAGUUUUCACUUAUGCGCCUCAUACGCAUGCGAAAAACUUCCUGGCGAAGUAGAAGAUUUGGCGCGUAAUAUUUUCAAUUAUUUGAAGAGUUCAUCGAAACGUCUUAAAGAUUUUUCUUCCUUACAAUAUUUUGUUGAAUUCAAAGCAAAUAAAAUUUUACACCCUUCUCAAACGAGAUGGUUAUCAUUAUCUGCAGUCGUAAGUCGCUUAAUAGAACAGUAUGAUGUGCUUAUAGCAUACUUUUCUAUUGCAGUCAAAGAGGAAAAUCUACAAACAGCUAAAAAUAUUUUAACGUCGCUGAAAGAUCCUAUAACUAAAUUAUAUUUAUUGUUUUUAGAAUUCGCACUUCCUUUUUUCAUUAAAUUAAAUAAACUUUUUCAAUCAGAAAGCUCACAGAUACAUAAAUUGCACAGUUCGGUUAAAGAAAUAGUAGUAACAUUGUUAGAGUGCUUUGUAAGGAAAGAUUAUAUUACAAUGUUUUUAGAUAGUACCUCAGAAUUUAAUCUCCCUCCAGAAUGUUUGUUAGAUUUGGAAAGUAUAUACCUCGGUAUAAAAGUUGAAUGCUUUCUAAUUACGAAUGAAAUCAAUGUCAUUGAAAUAGAUACUUUUAAGAAUAAGUGUCGUAACUUUUAUAUUGAGGCCGUUCUGCAAAUAUUAAAAAGAUUCGAUUUGAAUAACUCUUUUUUUAGGAAUCUUUCCAUAAUCGCACCUGACAAUGUAUACGCUUGUACCUAUAAAUCGAUAGCUCCACUUUUACAACAAGUCCCACGUUUACUAGCUGAUAAUAUACAAGAAAUUGACUCGGAAUACCGUACUCUGAUAAAUUUCGUAAAAGAUAAAGAACAAAUUUUAGACAUUGAAGAAUUUUGGCGUAUGGUUGCUCGCAUUGAAAUUGGUAACGAGCAAGCAUUCCCGAAUUUAGUUAAACUAGUAUUUGCUAUUUUAUCCUUCCCACAUUCGUCUGCAAAUGUUGAAAGGGUAUUUUCCCAAGUAAAUUUAAUGAAAACAAAAAUCAGAAAUCGAUUAGAGAAUGCAACCAUUAAAGCAUGCUUACAAACGAAAGGGUUACUAAAACUACAAAACUCUGAUUGCACAAAUUUCAAAGUGACUACUGAGAUGAGGAAAAAGUGCAAUAAAGCUAUGUACGAUAUUGCCAAAUAA